CAGGCAGGAACCAUAAUGAAGACUUUCAUUCUUCUGGCUCUGUUCGCAGUGGCUUAUGCCGCUCCCAUCGAUGAUGAGGAUGACAAGAUUGUUGGAGGCUACGAGUGCAGAAAGAACUCUGUGCCCUACCAGGUCUCUCUGAACAGCGGCUACCACUUCUGUGGAGGCUCCCUGAUCUCCAGCACCUGGGUGGUGUCUGCUGCUCACUGCUACAAGUCCCGUGUGCAGGUGCGUCUUGGUGAGCACAACAUUGCUGUCAAUGAGGGCACAGAGCAGUUCAUCAGCUCUGCUAAGGUCAUCCGUCACCCCAGAUACAGCAGCCGCAACCUGGACAAUGACAUCAUGCUCAUCAAGCUGAGCAAGCCCGCCACCCUGAACAGCUACGUCCGCACCGUGUCCCUGCCCUCCAGCUGUGCCAGCUCUGGCACCAGCUGUCUGAUCUCUGGAUGGGGCAACACCAGCAGCUCUGGAAGCAACUACCCUGAUCGUCUGAGGUGCCUGAAUGCCCCCAUCCUGAGCGACAGCAGCUGCAGGAACUCCUACCCUGGUCAGAUCACCUCCAACAUGUUCUGUGCUGGAUUCCUCGAGGGAGGCAAGGACUCCUGCCAGGGAGACUCUGGUGGCCCCGUGGUGUGCAACGGUCAGCUGCAGGGUGUUGUGUCCUGGGGUUAUGGCUGCGCCCAGAGGAACAAGCCUGGUGUCUACGCCAAGGUCUGCAACUACAACUCCUGGAUUCGCAGCACCAUGUCCUCCAACGCUCAGACAGGAACCAUAAUGAAGGCUUUCAUUCUUCUGGCUCUGUUCGCAGUGGCUUUUGCCGCUCCCAUCGAUGAUGAGGAUGACAAGAUUGUUGGAGGCUACGAGUGCAGAAAGAACUCUGUGCCCUACCAGGUCUCUCUGAACAGCGGCUACCACUUCUGUGGAGGCUCCCUGAUCUCCAGCACCUGGGUGGUGUCUGCUGCUCACUGCUACAAGUCCCGCAUGCAGGUGCGUCUUGGUGAGCACAACAUUGCUCUCAAUGAGGGUACAGAGCAGUUCAUCAACUCUGCUAAGGUCAUCCGUCACCCCAGAUACAGCAGCCGCAACCUGGACAAUGACAUCAUGCUCAUCAAGCUGAGCAAGCCUGCCACCCUGAACAGCUACGUCCGCACCGUGUCCCUGCCCUCCAGCUGUGCCAGCUCUGGCAUCCGCUGUCUGAUCUCUGGAUGGGGCAACACCAGCAGCUCUGGAAGCAACUACCCUGAUCGUCUGAGGUGCCUGGAUGCCCCCAUCCUGAGCGACAGCAGCUGCAGGAACUCCUACCCUGGUCAGAUCACCUCCAACAUGUUCUGUGCUGGAUUCCUCGAUGGAGGCAAGGACUCCUGCCAGGGAGACUCUGGUGGCCCCGUGGUGUGCAACAAUCAGCUGCAGGGUGUUGUGUCCUGGGGUUAUGGCUGCGCCCAGAGGAACAAGCCUGGUGUCUACGCCAAGGUCUGCAACUACAACUCCUGGAUUCGCAGCACCAUGUCCUCCAACUAA